AUGGGAUUACUCGGGUUCAUCCAAAAAUCGUGGAAAACGCUGCGGCAAGCCAUCAAGGCCCUCCUCGACCUCAAUGGCACUUUCGAAGCUCUUAUCACUCGCAUCCAUCAAGGCCCUUCUUUACCAUGCCCUAAUCCCACAACUUCCUACUGGCUCGAAGACCCUCCGUUCCCGGAACUCGUGAAUAUCCAAUCAGAAAAAUUGCCAGAAUCAACAGAUAUCGUGAUCAUAGGCAGUGGCAUCACAGCCGCCGCUGCCGCGCACAGUCUACUUGAUGAAAGCUCACGUAAAGGCCAGCCUAUCACCAUCACCGUUCUCGAAGCCAGAGAUAUCUGCAGUGGGGCUACAGGACGUAAUGGCGGGCAUAUGAAAUGUUCACCGCAUGAGACGUUCGAGCGUUUGGAGACGAAAUUCGGAACGGAAAGAGCGGUCGCACUGACGAGAUUCCAAUUGAGCCAUUUACAACACUUGACGGAGUUUUGCGAGAGCAAGGGAUAUCAGAAAGCAGAGUGCCGUAAAGUCGAAACCGUGGACUUGUUUUUUGAUCAAAAGACUUUUGACCAGGCUUGUCAUACAUUGAGCAGACUGAGAACGCUGCUUCCAGAAUUGGAGGCGAGGAUCUUGCAGGCGGAACAGGCUCGACAGGAAUUUGCAGUCAGUGGCCAAGUCAUCGGCGCAAUCACCUACCAAGCAGGAGCACUAUGGCCCUAUCGCUUCGUAACAUCUCUCUGGAACGAUCUUCUGCACGACUAUCCCAAGCACAUCACUGUCGAAACCAACACUCCUGCUAGCUCCAUCGACAAGCAGGGGACAACCUACAAAGUCCAUACGAACCGAGGCGCCGUUAAAUGCAAGCAUAUCGUGCACGCCACCAAUGCAUGGAUGGGCCACUUACUACCUCAGCUCAACAAAAAAGCCACAGGCAUGCGAGCACACAUGUCUGCGCAAAACCCUGGUGAUCAGCACAGCUAUGCAAACUUCCACGGCGAUCGCUCAUGGUCGAUAAUUCAUGGACCAGAUGACUUUGAUUACAUGACGCAAAGGCCAGGUCCCAAUGGCACAGGAGACAUUAUGCUCGGUGGAGGGGCUUUCCGCUCCAAGAACCACGGCUUGGAUCAGAUUGGUGUGUGGGACGACAGUCGUAGGGAUAUGUUUACAUCAGCAUAUUUGGCUGGUAUACUGCCCAUCAUUUUCUCGCAGGAGAAGCAGCAAAGACAAGCUGGAACGCACUCGAGAUAUUUGCAACAACACUGGUCUGGCAUCAUCUCAUUGACAGGCGAUUCGCUUCCCUUCGUCGGGAAGUUGGACUCCUGUGUCUGCGCCCAAAACUCUGGAGAUGCGCAAGGGGAUGCAGCAGAGUGGAUAGCAGCAGGUUACAAUGGUGAAGGAAUGGUAUUUGCCUGGCUCUGCGGCACUGCGCUUGGUCUUGUGAUCAUGGGUUCUGAACACGAGGAUAUACCUGCAUCACCUGGGUUUCCUGGAGGAACAUUGUACGAGUGGUUUCCCAAGGAGUUGUUGCUCGACAGAGAACGUUUCAAUCGUAUUGAUGUGCUUGAUCUUGCUGAUCAGCUAUAA